AUGGCUCACAGACUUGGUGGACGUAGAAAAAAUGUCAAAAAGGGCUUUCAAUUUACACUGAUGGUUGUUGGUGCUUCCGGUACGGGUCGUACGACUUUUGUCAAUACAUUGUGCAAUUCCAGUGUAUUAGCAAAGAAGGUUUGUGACAGCCCUGAAGAAGCGCAUAAUGAAGAAGGAAUUACUAUCAAGCCGGUAUCUGUUGAACUUGACGAAGAUGGUGUGAGGAUUUCACUCACUAUCGUCGAUACACCUGGCUUUGGCGACAACAUUGAUAACGAACGAUGUUUCCAAGAGAUUGUUGGGUACCUAGAACGACAAUACGAUGACAUUCUCGCCGAGGAAUCGCGUAUCAAGCGUAAUCCACGCUUCCGAGAUAAUCGUGUACAUGCUCUCUUGUAUUUCAUCUCACCGACGGGUCAUGCUCUCCGUGAGAUCGAUAUUGAGCUCAUGCGUCGAUUAAGCCCCAGGGUCAAUGUAAUCCCCGUUGUGGGUCGUGCAGAUUCAUUGACACCCCAAGAACUUAAGGAUUUCAAACGCAGGAUCAUGGAGGACAUUGAGCAUUACAACAUUCCCAUUUACAACUUCCCUUAUGACGUUGAGGAGGAUGAUGAAGAUACCAUUGAGGAAAAUAGCGAGUUACGUGCAUUGCUUCCAUUUGCCAUUAUCGGUAGCGAUGAGGAAAUCACCAUUGAUGGUCGCACAGUACGUGGUCGUCAAUAUCCAUGGGGUGCUGUGGAAGUGGACAAUCCCCAACACUCGGACUUUGCUCGUCUGCGAUCGGCAUUGUUGAGCUCUCACCUUCAAGACUUGAAAGAAAUCACCCACGACUUUUUAUAUGAAAACUAUCGUACUGAGAAGCUUAGCCGUACGGUCAACAAUGGCGAAUCAGAUGGCGAUAGGGAUGCCUCGCUCAAUGCAGAUGACAUGGCAAGCCAAACUGUGCGUUUGAAGGAAGAACAAUUGCGAAAGGAAGAAGAAAAGCUACGCGACAUUGAACUGAAGGUACAACGAGAAAUUCAAGAAAAACGUGCCGAGCUCAUGAACAAGGAAGAAGCUUUGCGUAAUCUUGAAUCGAGACUCGCUCAAGCCCAGAUUGCGGAUGCUUAA